AUGUCUUUCGGCUUCUCAAUAGGGGAUAUCAUCCUCCUUAGCCAGUUAGCAUACGACCUUUACGCCACGGUCAGCUCUGGGAGAAAGGCAGCAUCGCGCGACCUGAAAGAGCUUGAAGAAGUGCUCUUCAGUCUGAAAUGCGCUCUAGAUCACCUUAAACAGGCCUCCAGCGGUGUGCUCGCAAGACCAGGCUUUCAACAUGGAGGAUCAGAACUCAAAGAGAAGCUGGAUGUAAUGAUUGGAUCAUGUGCUUCCACACUGCAGGAGCUGGAUUCAGUGACGAAGAAGUACCGCGACGUUGAGAUCCAGGCGAACAAGGGAAAGACGAAGCUGCGCACGCUGGAUGACGUGAAGAAGAGCAUGAAGGUCAACUGGCAAAGAGUGCGAUGGGACCGCGAGAAGCAAUCGUUACAACAGUAUCGCGAGAAGCUCAAGUCGCAUACUGAUGCGAUAAAUCUCAUGUUGACCUCGAUAGUCUGGGCAAAUACAGCUUUUGCGAACGCUAAUAACAAAAGGAACCACGAUGUAACGCACUCUUUGUUAGACAACGUAUUGCGCAAUCCAGUUACAGAUCCUGAAAUUCGAAGCAUGGUGGAAGAGAUGCACGCCAUGCUUACCAAAUCGCCUUCCAGGGCAAACGAAGGCCAGAUAGAAGCGGGAAGAAGUACUGGAUCGUCCCACAAAGAUGUCAGCAUGACUGCAGAUCGUGGCUCAAUCUUUGACGAAAUACCGAGUCCGGUUACAGAGGAACCGCAGAUGGCCACGGUGCAGAGCACAGAAUCGCCUCAUAAUCAACUCGACGUCGCUGCAUACUCAUUGAGCGACUCGUCAAUUGGCGAAUCCUCUGGUCCCAUCGAGGUCCACGGAAGAGCGACACGCACAGCCGAAGAAGGUUUUGAAGCCGUCUUUCCUGACGAGUGUGGCGCCUAG